CAUGCCGCCAUGGGGAAAUCAUUCAAGAACUUCCUCGACCAAUUAAACCUCGGCAAAUUCCCACAAUUCGUAAUCUUCGCGGUCCUCGAAUGGACGAUGAUCCUCCUCUUAUUCGCGGACGGUCUCAUCGCGUUCGUCUCCAACGAGUUUGCAAAGUUCUUCGGCCUCGAGACCCCGUGCCUACUCUGCACGAGGAUCGACCACAUCCUCGUCAAGCGCAACUCGAGCUUCUAUUACAACGACUCCAUAUGCGGGGCCCACAAGAAGGACGUGUCCUCCCUCGCCUAUUGCCGCAUCCACGACAAGUUGUCCGAUAUCCGCAACAUGUGCCAGGGUUGCCUCCUCUCGUUCGCCACAGAAAAAGAUGCCGACUGCGACAAGUACAAGUCCCUUGUCGGGAUUUUGCACAAGGAUUUCGACUGCUUCGUCGACGACGAGGAUCGGAAGAAAUCGAGUGCGUCGAAGAAGGUGGAUGGCGGCGGUGGUGGUGGUGAUGAUGAGGAUGAUCCGAGGUGCUCGUGUUGUGGGGAGAUUGUGAAAUUGAAAUUGUCGUCGAAAUACAUUAGGAGUUUGUCGAUGAAAGCGCCCGUGUCGUCUCCACGAGCGUCGUGGUUGGCGAAUGGACGGAAUAAUGUGGAGUCGCCACGGACUAGGUACGCGGAGCUUAAGUUUAUGUCCGAAACGGGACGGGAUGUUUCCGAGGUUGAUGCUUCGAGCAAUGCAUAUAAUCACGGUAAAGAGGCUAUCAAAUCCCUAAACGCGCCAUCGUUGCCGUACUCGAAGGACAUAAACGAGGACGCCUGUAGAACCCCGAUUUUCGCGAGGAGGAACAAAUUCUUCCCGAUGCCGUUGAAUUCCGCUCCGGUGAGCCCUAGAGUGUGGCUCAACAACGGCCUCCGAAAACUCUCCGUCGAAAGAGGCGGCACCGCCGGCGACAUGAUCGGGGACCCCACUACCAACAACAACGAAGACGACGACGUGGCGAAUUCCAAUCCGCUAAACGAGGUGGAUUUUGAAAUCUUGAACCGUCUGAAGAAACAGGUCCGCUUGGACAACAAGUCGUUGAUGGCCCUGUACAUGGAGCUGGACGAGGAGCGGAGCGCGUCCAACGUGGCGGCCAACAAUGCCAUGGCCAUGAUCACUCGUCUGCAGGCGGAGAAGGCGGCCGUGCAAAUGGAGGCACUGCAGUACCAGAGGAUGAUGGAGGAACAGGCGGAGUACGACGAGGAGGCGAUCCAAGUCAUGCGGGACGAGCUCUCGAGGAGGGACGACGACGUGGCGGCUUUGGAGUACGAACUCGAGGUGUAUAGAGAGAAAUACGGGGUCGUCGUCAAUAAAAUCGGUGGCGAGAUUUGCGAAGUAGCGGAUGAAGAUAAUUACUACUACCAAGACGGAAAUAAUCACGAAGAAGUGUCGUUGCUCGAUUUCGAGGGCGAAAAGUCUCAUCUUCUAGGAGUUUUGAAUGAUCUUGAGAAGAAAUUGAAUGUGGAUGAAGGAUCAACAAUCAUGCAUGAAAAUGAAGGAAAACAAGAUAAUAAGGCUACUAUUACAAGAGAAGUAUCUUUGAUUAAGGAGAGAUUGAGAGCCCUUGAAGAAGAUAGUGGCUUCUUACAGCACGCUGCGAUGACGAUGCAACGAGGCGAAAACGGAACUAAACUAUUGACGGAGAUAGCUCAACAUCUACGGAAAGUUAGACACUCCGUACAAUCAUCAUCGGACGACAUAGAUGAAUGAGCCUUUUGUUAUGAUGCAUAUAUAUAGAUGAUUUUUUCUUUUUUGAAAGAUCUCUUCUUUUAUUUUAUUUUAUUUUCGUUCUCUUUUUCCGUCCCACAUGGAAAUGCGUGGAUCGAUAAUAAGCCGGUCGGAGAAAUAACCGCGUGAAUUAAAACGAGCGGCCAAUCUUUUCAGUCGUCUAUGUAAAACUUUGAAGCUGAUAUUUUAUCGCGCUUUAGUAGGUAUAUGUCGUAAGGCGUGUCGAGAAAUAUUUGUAGUUUUUCUUGCAUAAUUUUCUAAUUAUACAAUUUACCAAGUCCAUAUAAAUAUGG